UUUUUUUCAUAUAUUGACCUGUUAUAGCAAGACAAAAUAUAAAGGGAAGUUAGUUAUCAACCACUCUCUUCCGCGUAUGGGUGACUGGAAAAGGAUUUGCUUAACAUCAGUGUCACAUUACUACGCUUUUCCACUGGUCAUUGGAGAAUACCUCUGUGAAAACGAUGAUUGAUCUCAAAGCCUGGGCGGAAUAUGUGGUCGAGUGGGCUGCCAAAGACCCGUACGGCUUCCUCACGACGGUCAUCCUCGCCUUGACCCCCCUCUUCAUAGCCAGCGCCUUGUUGUCGUGGAAGCUCGCCAAGAUGAUCGAGGUCAGGGACCGCGAGCAGAAAAAGAAGCAGAGGCGACAGGAGAACAUUGCCAAAGCCAAGCGGGUCAAGAAGGAUUGAGCGUGCCUUGCAAGGGAUGAGAUGCGGGGGAAUCAGCCUACUGUCGCGCAGCGUCCCACCCCGCUCUUCUGCGUGGCCCUCCCCGGGAGAUGGAGGACCAAAAGAAGGGUUACCUGGGAGGCCUUGCUGCCGUAACGGUGCAGAGCAUGACCGCUCAUGCUUUGGGACUCCUCGGCAAGAAUUUGAGAGAGAAAAGUCGUUCGACACGGCGGCACAGCCCUGCCUCCAGUUACUGUAAAUGCAAAUGCAUUUUUUGGCAUUCCAUUUAUUAAACAAUUGCUGAUUUUUUUUUUUCCAUUACUAAUAAAUAAUUUAAAAGUGGUUUUUAAAA